CAACAGUCGGUAGAAUAUGACCAUUUCCACAGAUCCAUCAACCCGACCCGUUUCACACUCGUCGUGUCUGGCGACUGGCGAGGAACAAGACACGCAUGACUGCUUUACGCUCUCUCUAAUUUUGAUUUGGGUUCUCCUCUUCAUUUUCGCAUUGAUUCCUCUCCUAACCGAGAAAGAAGAUGAGUGGGAUAGAACCAGACAUGGAAGAUCUGUUCCAGGAGAAGAAGCGUGUCAGGAAUCCUCUCGUUCCUCUCGGUGCACUUGCUACUGCGGGAGUGCUCACCGCUGGGCUGAUUAGUUUCAGAAGAGGGAAUUCUCAGUUGGGUCAGGUUUUGAUGAGAGCUAGAGUGGUCGUCCAAGGUGCCACUGUUGCUCUAAUGGUUGGAACAGCUUACUACUACGGUGAUAAUCCGUGGCAGAAAUGAGCUGCAGCUACUUGUGAGAUGGGUCAGAAGAGGUAUGUGCUUCUCUUUUUGAGCGUCAGAGAAGUCUUCCGUCUUGUUAGGAUUUACAACUUGCAAGGGCUACACAUCAAAUGAGUUUGAAUAAUUAAGAACCAAAAAAGUUGUUUUGUUUCUUGAUCAAUUUGAUUAUAUUGAUUCUGAGGGAAUUUUCAGAAACCCAUCUUUACUCUUAUUACCUAUCCAAAUCUAUAUUAUUAUUAGUAUUUUCAGCCGACGAUC